AUGGCACAAAAUGACCAGAACGUGCCAGCGCCGCAGCCUUCUGCGGACAUGCCACCCGCCAUGGCCGAGGUGAAAUCGCAGGCUGUGGACGAUUUGCUCAAGGAGAUGAACCGCAUGCCGCUUUUCAUGACAAGCCUGGAUGAAACAGAUGGUGAGGGUGGCGACAACAUGGCCCUCGAAGCGCUCAAGGCAUUGGCAUAUGAAGGCACCCGUGCUGAAAUUGCAGAAAACUUCCGCCAGCAGGGCAACGACUGCGCAAGGACAAAGCAGUGGUCCAAUGCAAAGGAGUUCUACACAAAGGCAAUAGCAGCCCUCAAAGGCCCGCAGACCCAUCGAGGCUCAGACGUUGCAGGGCCGGGCGUUAUCGAUGACGAGCUGGAUGAGCAAGAGGAGGCAAACAAGGAGAGGUCAAUUGCAGAGGCUGUCUACGUCAACCGAGCACUGUGCAAUUUGGAAAAGAAGAACUUCCGCUCAUGCAUCCAAGAUUGCGUAGCUGCACUUCACAUCAACCCAGCAAAUGUCAAGGCUUUCUACAGAUCUGCCACUGCUGGCUUGGAGUUGAACAAGCUAGACGAGGCUGCAUGGGCCUGCAAUCGUGGACUAGCCUUGGACCCUACCAAUGGACCGCUCAAAGCUCUUCAAACCAAGAUUGAGACUCGAAAAAAGUACGUAGAAUCUGUGGAAAAGGCGCGUCGAGAGCGCGAGGCAAAGGCUGCCUCGGAGCGUGCAACACUGCAACUUGCCCUCAAGAGCAGAAACAUCCUUACCCGAAACACGGACAAGGCGCCAGAUCUAGAAGAUGCAACGGUCAAGCUGGAGAACAGCAUGGAUCCUUCUUCGACACUGACAUUCCCGGUCAUAUUGCUCUAUCCUAUGGACUCGCAAUCAGACUUUAUUAAGGCAUUCUCUGAAAAGGAGAAACUAGACCAACACUUGGACUACAUCUUUCCCCUACCAUGGGACCAGAAGCACGAGUACACGGUGGAAAAUGUAGAAGCGUACAUGGAGACAGCAGCCGGCGGGCUAAUCAAGGUAGGCAAGAAGAUGAGCCUUGGCAAGGUCCUAGGAAGCGGGAAGCCAGAGAUCGUCGAUGGUCUAGUAUCCAUCAGCGUGGUUCCAAAGGACAAGGCUGCCGGCUGGAUCGAAGAGUUCAAGAAACGACAAGGAAAAGCUUCAUAG